AUGGCCGAAGUUUAUGACAAUGUGGUGUUUGCAGUUCUGCUAUGUUCUUAUGUAAUUGCUAGCGAAGAGGAGGAAGGGCAGCAGAUAGAGCUAGUACAACUCCGCCAAAGAAGGGUUAGAAGAGCUGCACUCAGACGCUUUUGGGUGCGACCGUGGCUCACAGAGGAGAGAAGACAACAGUUUGGCCACUAUUCAAAUCUCCUGGACAGUCACUUGAGGCUUGAGGAUCCAGCAGCAUUCCAAAAUUAUACAAGGUUAACGCCAGAGUUAUUUGAUGAAAGAUGGAAUGUGCCCCAUGCUGUUGGUGCGCUAGAUGGGAAACACAUUGCUAUCAAGAAGCCACCAAAAAGUGGCAGUGUGUACUUCAAUUAUAAAGGUUUCUUUUCAAUUCCACUUCUUGCUUUGGUAGAUGCAAGCUACAAGUUUGUAUGGAUCGAGCUUGGUGGUAAAGGACAUAUGUCAGAUGCUCAGAUAUUUGGUGACUCAGAAUUGUUCAACGGUCUGGAAGAGAACGCCCUAGGACUACCCCCACCCUGUCCUCUUACUUCAAACCAGGAUGACCUCCAGGACAUGCCUUUCUUUAUCCUAGGAGAUGAUGCUUUUGCUCUUCGAAAUUACCUCAUGAAACCAUACAGCAGAAGGCAAAUGUCAAGAGAAGAGAGGAUUUACAAUUAUAGAAUUUCAAUGGGAAGGAGGGUAGUAGAAAAUGCAAUUGGGAUUCUAGCUAAUAGAUUCAGGUGUCUAUUAAGGACAUUAGAACAGAAGAUUGACACUGUGAGGGAUAUAGUUGAGGCAACAGUGGUUCUGCACAAUCUUCUUAGGUUGAGAAAUCCAGGUAUGAUUUUUCAAGAAGUGGACCAUGAGGAUAUUAACCACGAUAUCAUGCCAGGGGCGUAG